AUGGGUGCUAUAUACAUUCCCCUGUGUAACGGCGUCGACUUUCUCUUGGCAAAGCAUCAGGGCUAUAACGGUCCGCUCUUGUUCUUUCAAGAUGCCCUUCGAAUUCAGAGCAUCUUCGAUUGCUGUCCUCUGCUAAGGACGCUCGGCUACGAUGUUCUUCGUAUGAAAGGGCUGCUAAGUGCUGAUAAGCUCAGGCACGCUGAAGAGGACGAAAUAAUAAUACCGAGAAGCGAUAGAAAAGUGCUGAUUUUCUUCAGCGGUACAAUAACAGUUGAGAAUGAGAAAACGACAACCUAUAGAUUGGAAGCGAACCGAGCGGAUUUCAGGCCGUACAUUAGCGGGAGGUCGCUUGUGAAAAGGAUUUUCAAGGUAAUUUUUCAUGGUUUCUCACAUGUGCUUCUAAAGCCGCUGCCAAAGUGA